AUGAUACCUACGAGCACUGUUGACAAUUUGAUGGAAUUUACUUUACGGAUGAUCGGCGUUUGGCCACAUUCGUCAUACAGAUUCUUAAUGCGCAUCAUUUGGACGACGACGAUGACCACCUGGCAGUUCUUACAGUACUGGCAUCUCUUCACUCAUAUCGGUUCCGAUACUCUACCAAAUCUCAUGGAUUCUUUGAGUCUGUGUUUGUCGAACAGCUUAUUGUUUCUAAAAAUGAGCCUCCUUUGGCUGAACGGACGUAUUAUUUAUGACAUGCUUGCGAGGAUUGUCGAAGACUGGAAUGAGUGUUCCUCUAAUCACUCAAAAAUGCAGCUGAUGAUAAGCAAAGCGAUUUUGUCUCAUCGAAUUUCAAAAUACAGCAUUGGUACAUAUACUGUCGUGUUACUUUUGUUUGGGGCAGGUAACAUGAUCGUUCAAAAGACUAUGGGUUCUGAGCAACUUGUCGAAGAGAAGCAGCUUAUUGUCAAAAUGAAAUUGCCGUCUGAAUUUGAUGCGUCGCCGAUUUAUGAAAUUGUUGUGGUCACGCAAUUUUUUGUGCAAUUCACAUUGGCACUUUUAGCGGGAAUGUUGAAUGCUCUUAUUGUAACGUUAAUACUUCAUGUUGCCGGUCAAAUUGACAUAAUAUGUCACGAAUUGUUGGAAAUUCCUGUAGCCGAGAACAAAUACGACUCGCAUAUAAUCUUAUUGAGAUCUAUCGUGAGUAGACAUCAAAGGAUUAUUGCCUUCGCAGACAGUAUUGAGGAUGUGUUCUGUUAUAUGGCGUUGAUGCAAUUUCUCUUAAACACAUUCGUUAUUUGCUUCCUCGGAUUCGUAAUUGUAACUUCGUUUGGCACUCAUGAUGGAAAUAUUCUGAUGGUAAAGAUUAUACCUUAUUAUGCCGUCGUGAAUUUAGAAGCUUUUAUACUUUGCUUCAGUGGCGAAUAUCUCACUUCCAAGAGCAAGUCUAUAAAUCGGGCGGCAUAUGAUUCAUUUUGGUACAAGUUAAAACCUAAGCAAAGUAAGAUCUUGUUGUUAUUGAUAAUGAGAUCGCAGAAGGAAUUGACAAUGACAGCCGGAAAAUUCGUAGAUUUAUCUCUGGAGGGUUUUACAAGCAUUCUGAAGGCAUCUGCAUCUUAUAUAUCAGUGCUACAUGCUAUGUAUUAA